AGAGUUUAGGACCCCAAUCAUUGUUAAAUAUUUGUGCAAAAGAGAGAAAACCAAAUCAUCAUAUUUUGCCUUCAAAGUCAACUUCCGUCCGCCAUAUUAUUUUUUUACGCUAGGUCCCAGUCUACCUCUUCCGCCUCGAUCACAUGAGCAACAUGGAGUUUYCUCGAGUUUAGAAGGGCAGAUUAUAAACACCGAGAAAAUGUCCACAUAUCAGAGCUUAGAUGCAAUGAUUUCCACCAGAGAGCCAAACAUGGAAACUGAAGCGCACUCUACAGGUGUAGUUAUUGCUGGCAGCAGACUUACUGCUGAAGCUUGUGAGGUCAGAAAUCAAACAGUGAACUGGCAGUCAUAUGUACAGGGUAAAAUGAUCAGCCAAGAUGAUUACACUAUGAUAGCAGACUAUGACUGYAUGGGUCCAGAAGAAAGAGCUAAUAUUAUACAAACUAAGGGUGAYCAGCUUGCAAAGACUUGUUUAUCAUUACUGUCAAGACUGACAAGAGACCAAACUAUUCGCUACAUCCUUGUCAUAGUAGAUGACCUCUUAAAUGAAGAAAGAGGAAGAGUGGUGGUCUUUCAUGACUUUGCUAAGAAAAAUAAUGUUAACUUGUGGUCAUCAUUUCUUGGGCUUGUAAACAGACAAGAUCAGUUUAUCAUACAUCAAGCUGCAGUGAUAUCUGCCAAGUUGGCUUGCUGGGGCAAAGCACGUCUACCUGAAAAUGACCUGAACUUUUUCCUUACUUGGCUAAAAGAACAGUUAACAACAGCUGGUUGUGAAUAUCUSCAUAGUGUAGCACAGUGUUUACAGCUCAUGUUAAGAAUUGAGUCUUACAAGCAAGCGUUCUUUAAACUGGAUGGGAUUAAAAGUAUUGUAUCAACCCUACUGAGUACAAACAUUGGGUUCCAGUUACAAUACCAGUUGAUAUUCACCCUCUGGCUAAUGUCCUUUGAUCCUAGAAUUGCACAGCGRAUGGUUGGUAACAGUGCUGUCAUUCCUGUAUUGGCUGACGUCCUUAGGGAAUCAGACAAAGAGAAAGUUGUCAGGAUUAUCAUAGCAACGCUAAGGAACUUAAUGGACAAGCCAGAAGAGAAAAAGAAAGAUGCAGCAGUAUCCAUGAUACAAAGCAAACUAGUUCAUGUUUUGUCUAUUCUCAAUGGUAAACCAUGGGCAGAUGAAGAUAUCCAGGAAGAUGUGGAGUACAUUUACGAGAAAUUGAAUGAAGUUGUGCAAGACUUAAGUAAUUUUGAUGAAUAUGCAGCCGAAGUGAGGUCAGGGAGACURGAGUGGAGUCCUGUUCACAAAUCUGAAAAGUUCUGGAGGGAAAAUGCUCAUCGCCUCAAUGAGAAAAACUAUGAAAUAUUGAAGAUUCUAGCUCAUCUAAUGGACUCCUCUGAAGAUUCUACCACCCUCUGCAUCGCUGCUCACGACACAGGAGAGUAUGUUCGACACUUUCCAAGGGGAAAACGUGUAAUCGAGUCGCUAGGUUGUAAAGAAAAGGUCAUGCGAAUGAUGACACAUAACGACCCUAACGUACGCAAAGAAGCCUUGCUAGCGGUACAGAAAGUCAUGGUGCACAAUUGGGAAUACCUUGGCAAACAAUUGAAGAGCGUGUGAUCACUACAAGCGGCUUAUAAAAUUAUAAAUGAUACAAUUGCAAUUAUUGGGAAAUUAUUUAGAAUCAAAUGUUUAUCGGAGAUUUCUUCAAAUGCACGRGCUUUCAGUGUUGACUUUGAUAGCCAGAAAUAUGAAGAGGCUAUCUUCUAAUCAAGUCUUACUGUUUUUAAACCUUUGUCUCUGUACUAUGUGAAUAAAUAGGAAAUAUGAAAUGAAGUUUAAAUUUUACUUUA